CUUAAACAAAUUAGAUUUAAAUAAACCACAUCACGACGCAAACAAAUUUUAGUUCUUGUAAAGACAUCUGAUACAAAAUUAGUACGCUGUCGUUACAUCUUAAACCUCUCGAAAACUCUCGAUUCUCCCCUCUUUUGGAAGGCCUUAUCGUUCACACUGUAGCUCCGCUUGUGCAGACUCCACUCCAAGGAGCUUCAUUUCCUUUUGUUAACGACAGGAGAUAGUUGAAUUCGAGUUGCAGUAAAUUGAUGGCAGUCAUACCUUUGGGAAGCACAUCCGUGGCCCGGUAUGGAGUUCAACCUCAGCUUUUUCCAAGAUCCUCCAUAAUUGCCAACUCAUCAGUAUCAGAACUUCGCUUCCCAAGUAAGGUACGAGCUUUGGCACUUCCGAGUUCAAGAUUUUUUUGUCAAGAGUCUAUGAAUGAGCUUUUGAGUUCACUGUCAUACAAGAAUCCAUGCCAACGAAGAGGGAAUCGCCUCAUUGUUAGAGCGAAUAAGGAUUUCUAUUCUGUUCUUGGUGUAUCAAAAAAUGCCAGCAAAUCAGAUAUUAAAAGUGCUUAUCGAAAGCUUGCAAGGAACUGCCAUCCUGAUGUGAACAAAGAACCCGGAGCUGAACAGAAGUUUAAGGAGAUAAGCAAUGCUUAUGAGGUCUUGUCAGAUGAUGAGAAACGUUCCAUAUAUGACAGAUAUGGGGAGGCUGGGCUAAAGGGUUCUGGCAUGGGUACAGGGGAUUUCAGCAAUCCGUUUGAUUUAUUCGACUCGCUAUUUGAUAGCCUUGGUGGUGGCAUGGGUGGCAUGGGGGGAAGGGGGUCAAGAAACAGAGCCACUGAAGGAGAAGAUCAACUCCACAACCUUGUUUUAAAUUUUAAAGAAGCUGUAUUUGGGGUUGAGAAAGAUAUUGAGAUAACCAGGCUUGAAAGCUGCAACACAUGUGAUGGAUCUGGUGCAAAGCCUGGGACAAAACCGUCAAACUGCAGCACAUGUGGCGGGCAAGGGCAAGUCGUGUCGUCUACUCAGACACCAAUGGGUGUGUUCCAGCGGGUGAUGACCUGUUCCUCUUGUAAUGGCAUGGGAGAGAUCUCCACGCCCUGUAACACAUGUGGUGGUGAUGGAAGGGUCAGAAAGUCAAAGCGCAUAAGCCUGAAAGUUCCGCCUGGAGUAGAUUCCGGUAGCCGUCUGAGGGUUCGGUCUGAGGGCAAUGCGGGAAGGAGGGGUGGGCCCCGUGGGGAUCUUUUUGUGGUCAUAGAUGUUCUACCAGACCCCGUACUCAAAAGGGAUGACACCAAUAUCCUGUACACUUGCAAGCUAUCUUAUGUGGAGGCUAUUUUGGGAACUACAACAAAGGUUCCAACGGUUGACGGGGAGGUAGACUUGAAGGUUCCAGCUGGGACCCAGCCUGGAACAACAUUGGUCAUGGCCAAAAAAGGCGUGCCUCUUUUGGGGAAAUCCAACAUGAGGGGGGACCAGCUGGUGCGGGUGCAGGUUGAGAUCCCGAAAAGGUUGAGUAGUGAUGAGAGAAAGCUUAUUGAAGAACUUGCCUCUUUGAGCAAGGGAAAAACUCCAACUAAUAGCAGGAGGUAGUUUAAGUUAAAUGUGAUACCCCUUAACUCUGUUCUGAUUGUGCUUCUAAAUUAUUCCUCAGUCUUCUGCACACAGCAUCAAGUUGUUGUAGUCAAAUUUUGACUGUUGGAUUGUAGCCUGUGGAUCUACGAUAUUUGCUUUUGGAUCAUACGGUAAUGUCUUAUUUGGUUUUGGAAACCAAAACUGCCACCAUUUGUUCUUCCAUAAGAUUUUUAAAAUGGUAAACUGAAAAUUAAUUUCUCAUGACUAAAGACAUGAUAUGCACUGUGCUGGAGG